AUGAAAAGCAUUCAGAUUUUACUUUUAGCAGUUUCUGCAGCUAGUGCAAGCAUGAUGAGCCAAGCCCAGCCGUACAGCCCUAAGCAGCAGGGAGAUGUUCCCAAGAAGUACAAAGAGGGAUAUGUCCCGCACCACGUAAAGGGAAUAUUUGGGCAUGCAGCAUCUAAGCUCGGCGGAUUGAAGAGAAGUAUCCUAGGAGGCGAAAAAUGGGUGAAAGAUGAAAACCAUCCCAUUCAUCAGAAAAAGAACAGCAUGAACAGCAUGAACAGUGGAUAUGAUUCUAAUUAUUCCAAAGGAUACAAUAAUAAAAUGGAGCCAAUAAAUAACAUUAUUUCUCCAAGCGGAAUGAACAAUAAGUAUGGAAUGGCAUUGCCUAGUAGCCCAUCAAUGGGUAGUAUGAGUGCUAGUCCAAUGGGUAGUAUGAGUAGUAUGCCCAGUAUAUCUGGUGGUUCAAUGGAAGGCAGCAGUAUGAUGAGUGGUGUGUCUGGUGGAUCAGUGAAUAACUCAUCCAGUGCUAGUGCAAGUUCUUACGCUGGGUCGUCUUCUGGUCCCAGUGGCUCUGUUUCUGUGAGCGGGCCAUCAAGCAAUUCUUCAUUUAUGUCCUCAUCAGACAUUAAAGACGGGAUAGCAGCUGCCAGUGUUAUUUCAAACUACUAUGACACUCUUGUCCAGAGAAAAGGAGCAAUCGGUGGAAUAACUCCCAUUUCAGGCAUUAUGGCGUAUCCUGUUUCAAACGGCGUGUACACCGACUACUGGGGGAAGAUACAGUUUACCAUGGGCCAGGAUGGCGUGCUUGUGGACUCUAGUGGAUAUUUCACGGGAGAGCCAGUUGGAUCAAAAAAUGAAAUACUAACGAGCGGGUAUCUGUCUGACAUAGGAUUCUACCAGAAAAAGGGAAUUCCAAAGGAAAUGAUGGACCAGAACUACAUAUCCACCAAGAUGCUCAUAGAAGAGAUAGCCAGCGCCACCCAGAAAGACGUGCAGGCCCUCCACAACGAAAAAAUAGACCUUAACUUUUUAGAAGGCAUCUUUGACUACUUCAAAAAGCAGAAGAGAAGAGACAGGAAGAAGUCGUGCAUGACAGUGUGCAUAUGCAGCAACAGCACAUGCAGUGGGGCGUGCAAAUCAAUCAAGUGUGUAGAGCCUAUGUAUCUUCUUUGA